AUGGAUGCCACAAAUCUUGGGUCAGGUGAUAAUAGUAUAGAUCAGGACGUCUCAGUAAAAUAUAUGGAGCAUGAGAAAUCAGAUGAAAAUGAAUUAACAUCGAUGAAAUGUGAAAAUCCACAAGAAGAUGACACAAAUACCAAUAUAGUACUAAAUGAAGUUACGCCACAGGUGAUUGACGACAAUGAAGCCAAAUUAAAAGACAGAAUCGCUCAGUGUAGAAAUAUAAUUGAAUCUCUCAAAAUCGAAUUAAAUGAAGAGAAAUCCAAAUUGGAAAAACAAAAUAGAAGUACUCAGCAACGGUUUAUUGAAGCUCCUGUGAAAUCUUCUACAAGUCAUUAUGUUCCUACUUCUAAUUCGUUCCUAGAAGAAAUGUCAUUUACUACUGGUAUGUACAGCGAUAGUGUUGACAGUAAACUUAACUGUGAUGAAAAUUUAAUAGAAUAUGAAAAACAACUUCAGAAGUAUCAGAAUACUCUGAACAUGGCCCAAAUCGAGAAGAAAAAUGCAAUUAGAAAACAAAUGUUAGCUAAAGCUUAUAAACUGAAACUGCUUGAAGUUGAAAAUCAAUGCAAUAUUGAGUUGCUUAGGGUUAAACAAAGCUUACAAUGCUUAGAACCCUUACAAAUGAUAGCAAGUAAAUGGAAAUCGGGGACUGAUAAUGCAAAUGACGUCAACAGUUACGAGUUAAUUCCAAGAUACCCAGAGCUUAGUGCCACUUCAGGAUGUGAUAUCAAUAGUUGUUUAACUGCUUUAGAUAUCAAAACACCCUUCGAAACUGAAGCAGUCGCUAAGGAUGACAGUGUGUCUCCAGAUUAA